GGCUUGCUUAAGGGACUACACCACUAGGCGCUCUUCACGCAUUUGAACAGCUCUAUAUCACCCUCGAAACAAGAAACGAUAUGUCGCAAAGAAGUGGAGCAUCAAGAUCUUCCAGACACGCAAGAGACAUUUAUGCGUUUGUGGACAUGGUUCGUGAAAGACAAGAAAGACAAAAGAGCGAGGAGACGGAGCCCACGAUGGACUCCCAACAACCCUUACAACGAGAGGAGUUCGAGCCGAUGGAGGACCCGUCAAAUGAUGGUGAUGCUAGGAGCGUUGCUUCUAGCCAACCGGUAUGCUGCUCGACCUCACCUCCACCAUCACCACCAGCCCCUAGAGCUCCUCCACCGCCGAGCAAAAAUGCGGCUAUGAAUGUAAGUGAUGGACGCUUCCCAACUCAUGACCCAUACUUCCAUCCACGCCUCCCUCGCAAUCAUCCUUACCAUUUCGGCCCAAGACAAGGAGAGAUACCUCACCGUCCCGUUUAUGGAAUACCCCCUCCACCUCCCAUGGGUAUGACUCGGGAGGAAAGGGAACGAGUGUGGGAUAUAGCCGGUGGAUUAAGGGAUGCCCGAGUGAGGGUUUGACAUCAAGAAGUCAUGAUGGAAAGAGCCUUGGGAGCAAUGAGACGAAUGGGAGACGAUACGGGCAUGGCAAUAGAUGGAGUGCUCCAUUGUGGUAGUUCUUGUGCUUAGGAAAUGACCCUAAGGAUGUUUUAUUCAUGAACUUAUUCGAUAGACAAAUGUUUGUACUUUGUUAUGAUUUUCUUGGACUUGUUUGUGGUUGUGUGACUAUGAUCACAUGGUUGUUGGCA